GUUACUGCAGAAAAUGAGGGUUUCCAUUGUCGCUUUUCUGUUCGUGAUCGCAGGCGCUUGCGCCUUUCCCGAACAACAGAUUGAACCUAAAAAUGAGCGUGUUAUAACCAACCAAAUUAGAAGAGCCAUCGAGCAAAUCAGACGGGAGAUCAGAGCAGCUGGACUGGACCCCCUAUACAUUGACAGAAAUGAUUUUGAAUUCUGGACGACGCCCUUCAUUCGUGUCGAGGGAUUUAUUGAUCAGCUUACGUUCACCGGCGCCAGCAAUAUUGUCAUAAAUCAGCUCAGCUACAACAUAUUUCAGAAUAGUGUUAGGUUUACACUUUCCAUUCCAGAGCUUCGUCUGUCUAUAAAUAAGUCAAGUGUUACGGCUCACAUGUUUGGAAACGAAUACAAUGCUGAAUUGAAUGGCGGUCUCAUUAUUAGACAAGUUCGCCUCGUCGGUGAUAUUCGCGCCUCUGUAGGAAUUAUCUCCGGCAUCUCCAUUCGAAGCGUUUCGUUGCAGUUCAGCAUCGGACAAAUUCAGUCAAAUCUUCAGUUGAACGCUUUAGGAAACGACUACACAAAUGAGCUAAACCAAUUCCUCGGCACCAGCAUUCCUGAAAUUCUGAAUAAAUACAGGAAUGAAAUCAACCGGGAGCUUUCAAAAAUCGUCCUGGAUAUCCUGAGACAAAUAAUAUAGUAUGCUGAAGUGAAGCGAAUUAACAAAGAGGAUUCCUUCAAAUUGCUUUUAAAACAUAUCUUCAUUACAAUCACUUGUUAAAAGCUUAAAAU